AUGCAUCCGCGGCCGGACUUCUACGGGCCAGACGCAGAAGAAUCCCGUCCUGAGCGCUGGGAGGACGGAAAACUGCAGCCGCGCUGGGGUUAUCUGCCGUUUAAUGGCGGUCCACGCAUCUGUAUAGGGCAGCGAUAUGCGUUGACUGAAGUUAGCUACGUCCUUGUCCGGAUGGCGCAGGAGUUCCGGGUCCUGGAAAGUCGGGAUCCCAGACCGUGGGAGGAAUCGUUGGCUUUGACGUUGUGUUCCGGAAUGGAACGAGGGUCUGUUUUAUUCCAAUCGACGCUGAAGGACGAUAGAUAG